GGUAGUCAAUGGUGAACUGGUCACACAGUCAGACAUUGUUUACGUGUUGUGCUCGCAGAGAUUUGUAAUAUUAGGAAAACAUGUCAUCCUGGAUCACAGGACUGGCGGACAAGGCCGAAAACAUUCUGAACAAGCUCGACCAGAAUGCGGCGACGGCCCUGCAGACGGACAAUCCCACCGGAUCGGCGGAUCCCAUGCGCAGGAGCAUGACCAGCAGCACCCAAUCCCUGUCCCUGAAGUCCACUCUGUCGCCAGCGAGGCGUUCGGGCGCCACUAGCUCAUCCAGUGUGAAGAGCGAGGGAGGGGGCUCCGUGGUGAACAAGGAGAUGCGCCAGAAGAUGACCAGUUUCUCCCACAAUCCGGAGAUCUCAGGCAGCUCCCUGGACACCACAGAACUGGCGGCCUUCAAGAUCGCCCUAAAUGAGAUCACAGCCGAAAGGGAUGAGCUGCGUCUCCGUCUGGAUGAAGUAAACAACGAAACUGAGAAGUUCAAUUUGCAUCAGCACAGCCAGAUGCUGGAAGUUCUGGUCAAAACUCUGUCCGAGGAGCGGGACAAGGCGGUUCACGACCACAACGAGGCCCAAAGUGCCAACAUGGCGUACGUGCACUCCAUCUCCGAGCUGGAAACCAAUCUGGCCAAGCUGCAGCAGGAGUACAUGAGUGCCGCCCACAAACUGCAGAUGCAAACCAAAGAAACCGAUCAGCAGCGCCAGGAACUGCAGGAGUAUCGCAUCAAGGCUCAGAGAGCUCUGCAGGCCAAAGAUGCCCUCAUCGCAGAGCUAAAGGCGAAGCCCACGGAGGAGGGCUCGGAUGCCAACCUAGUGGCCAAGGACAGCGAGACGCGAUUCCUGCAGAUCGAACAUGAAUCACUGAAACAAGAACUAGAGCACAUCAACGAGGAAUUGCAGAAGGCUCGCCUGCAGCUAGAGGAUAACCUUUCCCAGGAGAGACAACCCCAGGUGGAGCUGAGCUCCGCCCGCCAACGGGAGGAAUCGCUGGCCAAGGAGUUGCGACAGGCACGAGAACACACUGUGGCCUCCGAGUCCGAUCAAAGAAUGCUCACCCAGGAACUGGCCUCCCUCCGGCAGCAACUCAGCAACCAGAUGGCCGCUUCCGCCACUCGACUCCAAGAGCGAGAACAGCAGCUCCAGCAGAUGCGUCAGCGACUCAGCGAGGAGGCCAAUACGGGAGCCAAAAACGAUUACGAGACUCGUCUAAAGGCUCUAACCCAGUCCCUUGUGGAACGGCAGGGUCUCCUGGAGCGAGUGACGAGUGAGAGGAAUGCGCUGAGAUUGCAGCACGAGAAGGCGCAGUCGCAGCUGCAGCAGAACAUGCACUUGGUGGAGAUGGAAAGUCAGAGGGGCAGUUCUCGCACUUCCUUGCUUAACAGCACAGAUGAUGUUAAAGCCCAGUUUCCGCGGCUCAUGCACCCAAGUCCUUUCGACAAUCGUGUGGCCCGUCGUUUCAAGCGAGCCCUUCGCCAGGCGGACACCAUGGGCAUCCGAGUGGGAACCUUCCUGCGCCGCUAUCCCAUGAUGCGGGUUUCUGUGAUCGUCUACGUGGCCCUACUCCAUCUCUGGGUCAUGUUCGUGCUGCUCUCUACCACGCCAAACUAAUCAAAUCGAAUCCAUUUAGUUGAGCAAUUGUUUUAUUUUUAAAUAUUGUAUGUAUUAUAUUUUACACGCCAAAAUUGGAUAUCUAGGAGUACGAGUA